AUCUUACAAACUGCCAGAAAUAUAGCAUUCGCCGACCACACGUCAGGAGAUUUUUUUCUUGAGAGAAGAGGGUGUGGACGUCGGCAGUUUUACUAUCCUCUGCCUGAAUCCUUUUUUUGUGGGGAUUUAAAGAGAAAGGGACGCAAUCCAGCAGGAGUGUGAGCAAGUGCAGAAAGAGCCCGUCCCACUGGUCUUCCCUUGUCCCCAUCUGCCUCGCCUUCCCCUCUCCAUCCUCGGUCUAUGUUCCUUUUGAGGACGAAUGCCCCCUGGAGGCUCUUUGGGUUCCUGGACCGGUCUUCUUCAGCUCUUAGUGCCCUAGUUCAGCAGCUCCUGAACAUUAGUCCCCACCCGCGCCAGGAUCAUCAGGGUGACUAAGAGAGAGGGGCGACACGGGCAAAGACAUGGACGACAUCUUCACCCAAUGCCGAGAGGGCAACGCCGUGGCCGUCCGCCUCUGGUUGGACAACACGGAGAAUGACCUUAAUCAGGGGGAUGACCACGGCUUCAGCCCCCUCCACUGGGCAUGCCGGGAAGGUCGGACAGGCGUGGUGGACAUGCUGGUCAUGCGCGGGGCCCGCAUCAACGUCAUGAACCGCGGCGACGACACGCCACUGCACCUGGCUGCCAGCCACGGGCACCGUGACAUCGUGGCCAAGCUGAUCCACUGCAAGGCGGACACCAACGCGGCCAACGAGCAUGGGAACACAGCACUGCACUAUGCCUGUUUCUGGGGACAGGAUCAGGUGGCUGAGGACCUGGUAAGUAAUGGUGCCCAGGUGAGCAUCUGCAACAAGUAUGGGGAGACUCCUCUGGACAAGGCCAAACCACACCUGCAGGACACCCUGAAAGAGCGGGCUGAAAAGCUGGGACAGAGUCUCACCAAGGUCCCAUUCAAAGAUUCAUUCUGGAAGGGCACUACCCGAACACGACCGCGUAACGGGACUCUGAACAAACACGCAGGCAUUGAUUUCAAGCAGUUGUCCCUUUUGGCCAAAAUAAACGAAAACCACUCUGGAGAGCUGUGGCAGGGCCGCUGGCAGGGCGCAGAGAUUGUGGUUAAGGUACUGCAUGUCCGGGACUGGACCACCAGGAAGAGCCGUGACUUUAACGAGGAAUAUCCCAAACUCAGGAUAUUCUCCCACCCCAAUGUGUUGCCCGUGUUGGGGGCCUGUCAGUCGUCCCCUUCUACUCACCCCAUCAUCAUCACGCACUUGAUGCCCUACGGUUCACUCUACAAUGUGCUCCAUGAGGGCACCAAUUUUGUAGUGGACCAGAUGCAGGCAGUUAAGUUCGCCCUGGACAUCGCAAGCGGCAUGGCCUUUCUGCACACGCUCGAGCCAAUGAUCCCUCGGCACUAUCUCAAUAGCAGGAGUGUCAUGAUCGACGAGGACAUGACAGCCAGGAUCAGCAUGGCAGACGUGAAGUUCUCCUUCCAGUGUCCUGGCAGGAUGUACGCUCCAGCCUGGGUGGCGCCUGAAGCCCUGCAGAAGAAGCCUGAGGACAUAAACAGGCGGUCGGCAGACAUGUGGAGCUUUGCCGUGCUCCUGUGGGAGCUGGUGACCCGGGAGGUGCCGUUCGCCGAGCUCUCCAACAUGGAGAUCGGCAUGAAGGUUGCCCUCGAGGGUCUUCGUCCCACCAUUCCGCCUGGCAUAUCGCCCCACAUCUGCAAGCUGAUGAGGAUCUGCAUGAACGAAGACCCAGCCAAGAGGCCCAAGUUCGACAUGAUCGUCCCCAUCCUGGAGAAGAUGCAGGACAAGUGAACCCCACUUGUUCCUCUAGCCUCUGAUACCAGCCUUACUUAACACCAUGUCUUACUGCUGCCUUGGAUCCAACCCCAACUGUCUGCUCUUCCUUUGAAAGCAUCUCUGCUCUUUGCUAUUAUUAACAUUAAUGUCAACUUAAAUUUGUUACCAGUGCUUGCUUUUUGUUUACUUAAAACCAUCUUUUGUUUGUUGAUAUGAUGUUUUUGUGCGUUUGUGUUUGCCUUACUAUGCAGAACAUUCUGGGUGUUAAUCCAAUGGAUGGGAUCCCUUCUAUCUCAGCCCCACCAUUGUAUGAAAAGAGACAUUAUAUUACAACAUGCCAAUAUAACAUAAUUUACACUCCCAGAAAUAUUUUUUUUUCUAUUAUUAAUUAAUUUGACUGGUGCCUAUCUGCAUUUUUUAGCCUAACUUGGGGGGUGUCAAUGUGUUUAACUAUACUGCCAUCUACAGGUAUGCUGGAAUAGUUGCAGUACAGUUCAUUUGGUCUGCACCCAUCUAAUGGAGAAAAGGCAAAUCGAAUGUAGUUAUCGCUAGUAAUGCUGUCAUCAGCGAAGUGAGUAGUUAUCGUUGAUUCUUUUCCCCUGUGCCUUGAACAGAAAAUAGACACUAUUAAUGUGCAUCUCUAUCUGACCUUGAUAAGCUGAGGAGCAUUUCAUGUGGUCUGUGCAUAAUUUGUGACAAUCCAUGGUACAGUAUCACCCCUUUUUUCAAUCUUUAUCCCCAUGCUUUGUGCAUAAAUGUCCAUACUGACAUGUUACUUUCACAUGCAUCACUAAACGGCAGAUUUAGAUUUUAUUUCCUUCCUUAACCAGACUAUACUUGAAGGAAGGGUGAAUGUUGUUGGCGAAUCAUCAGUUACCGCUGGUCCCGUGAGCAAGCCGCUUAACUUCAAAUGCUCCAGGGAUUGGCAAAACCCGCUUUCUCAAUAGUACAUUCGAUUUGGAUAAAAGCAUCUGCCAAAUAACUGUAAAAGUAUGAUGUUCUGAGGCCUAAGAUGUCUGACCGAGAGGCUGAACGUUUUUAGUCUGCACCACAAACACCUGAUUUCAGGAGACCAAUAAUAGUCAUACCUGUGCUUGGCGAUGUGAUGGUAGAUAGGACAGAUCACCAGGGCGAUGGCGAAUAAAAUAAACUUCUAAACAUAUUUGAAACAAAAUAAUUUAUUUUCAGCUUUCCACAGCUUAAUUCACUGCCUUGUUUGUAUCUCCAAAGACAAAAAGCAUGCCACAUGUUGUAUGUAAUUUAUAAAUAUGUAUAUUAAAAUGAUUUCAGAAA